AAGCAAAUUAUCUAAGCCAUAUUAUGAAAGUGUUUGUAGUCCUCGCUGUUGUGGUGGCCUGCGCUUACGCAGCUCCUGGCGGUUAUGGUGGUGGUGGUGGCGGUGGCGGUGCUGCAGCCAGUGCUGGUGCCAGCGCUAGUGCGAAGGGCGUUGGCGGUGGCUUCGGUGGUGGACCAGGAUUUGGUGGUGGUCCAGGUUUUGGAGGUGGACCAGGAUUUGGAGGUAAACCAGGCUUUGGAGGUGGUCCAGGAUUUGGAGGUGGCCCCGGAUUUGGAGGUGGCCCCGGAUUUGGAGGCGGUCAUAAGGGCGGUUAUGGAGGUGGUCCUGGUUUCGGCGGCGGCGGCGGCAUUGGUGGUCCUGGUUACGGUGGCGGCAUUGGCGGUCCAAUUGGUGGCGGUAUUCCAAUUGGUGGUGGCGGCUAUGGCGGUGGCCACAAAGGUUUCGGUGGAAUCGGAGGAGGAUCUGCUUCGGCUUCAGCUUCCUCAUCGGCCUCUGCUGUUGGUGGUGGUGGUCGUGGUGGUGGCGUUGCUAGUGCCAACUCUAAUGCUGUCGCCACUGCCGGUGGCCGUGGUUAAAUUAUUCUUUAUUUUUUAUGUUUUGAUUACGUUGAUAAGUGUAAUUUAUUAAAAGUGAAA